AUUCAAAGUCUCCAGCUCUACAUUUAUCCAUACACCCCCCCAUUUCCACUCUCAUUGACUCUCUUCUCCUUCGUACGGAAAAGGUUCUUCAAUCUCUCUCUCUCUCUCUCUGCUAUUUACUUCAUCAUUUUCCUCUAUAGUUAUUAUAUCUAUCUAUGAAUUCGCAUUAGAUUAUUCAUAACAGUAACAACAACAGUGAUGGGAAAAGGAAACCCUAGGUCUGUAGAAAAACGUGUAUUAGGUCAAAAUCUUCCAAUUUCAUCUCCAACUAUACCUUCAGCACCUGUUUAUUAUCCAACCGAAGAUGAAUUCAAAGAUCCUUUAGAAUUUAUUCAUAAGAUUAGACCUGAAGCUGAACCCUAUGGUAUUUGUAGAAUUGUUCCACCGAAUAAUUGGAAACCUCCUUUUGCAUUGGAUCUAGAUUCUUUUACUUUUCCGACGAAAACACAGGCGAUUCAUAAGCUUCAGGUUCGUCCUGCUGCGUGUGAUUCGAAGACGUUUGAGUUGGAGUAUGGUAGGUUUUUGAGGGAUUAUUGUGGGAAGAAGGUUAAGAAGAGGGUGGUUUUUGAAGGGGAGGAUUUGGAUUUGUGUAAGGUGUUUAAUGGCGUUAAGAGGUUUGGUGGUUAUGAUAAGGUUGUUGAUGGGAAGAAAUGGGGGGAGGUUGCAAGGUUUGUGAGGUGUAAUGGGAAGAUUUCCGAUUGUGCUAAGCAUGUUUUGUGUCAGUUGUAUAGAGAGCAUCUUUAUGAUUAUGAGGUUUUUUGUAAUAAGGUUAGUAAAGGUACGAGCACGAGUGGGAGUUGUAAGAGUAAGAGUGAUCAAGGGGUGGAGAGUUCGGUGUCUAAGAAGCAUCACGGGGUUGUUGAUGAUAUGAAAAUUAAGGAUUUGAAAGUGAAGGAUCGGAAAGUGAAAGAUGAAAGCCGUGAUCAGAUUUGCGAGCAAUGUAAAAGUGGGUUGCAUGGGGAGGUGAUGCUUUUGUGUGAUAGGUGUGAUAAAGGGUGGCAUAUUUAUUGUCUUUCACCGCCGUUGAAGCAAAUUCCGUUGGGAAACUGGUAUUGUUUCAAUUGUCUGAGUUCGGAUAGGGAGAGCUUUGGUUUUGUGCCGGGGAAGCAAUAUUCGCUGGAAACUUUUAGACGCAUUGCAGAUAGGUCGAGGAGGAGAUGGUUUGGACAGGGACCCGUUUCAAGGGUGCAAAUAGAGAAGAAAUUCUGGGAGAUUGUGGAGGGGUCGGUCGGUGAGGUUGAGGUUAUGUAUGGAAAUGAUUUGGAUACAUCUAUCUAUGGGAGUGGUUUUCCAAAUGAAACCAAUCAGAAACAGAAACCACAAUCUAUUGAUGAUAAGUUAUGGCAAGAAUACUCAACUAACCCAUGGAAUCUGAAUAACUUGCCCAAGUUAAAAGGCUCAAUGCUUCGAGCUGUUCAUCACAAUAUUACUGGUGUUAUGGUACCCUGGCUGUAUAUUGGAAUGCUAUUCUCAUCCUUCUGUUGGCAUUUCGAGGAUCACUGCUUUUAUUCAAUGAAUUAUCUACACUGGGGUGAGCCAAAAUGCUGGUACAGUGUUCCUGGUAGUCAAGCCAGGGCAUUUGAGAAGGUGAUGAGAAGCAGCCUUCCUGACCUUUUCGAUGCACAGCCUGAUCUGCUUUUUCAGCUUGUUACUAUGUUAAACCCAUCUGUCUUGCAAGAAAAUGGAGUUCCUGUCUACAGCACACUUCAGGAGCCUGGAAAUUUUGUUAUUACUUUCCCCAGAGCUUACCAUGGUGGUUUCAAUCUUGGCCUUAAUUGUGCAGAGGCAGUCAAUUUUGCUCCAGCUGACUGGCUACCACACGGUACAUUUGGAGCUGAUCUCUAUAAGCGGUAUCACAAAACAGCUGUAUUGUCUCACGAGGAGCUUCUUUGUGCAGUAGCCCAGUAUGGUGAUGUUGAUAGCAGAGGGUCCUCUUAUUUGAAAAUGGAAUUGCUGAAAAUAUCAGAUAGAGAAAAAUCUUGGAGGGAGAAACUUUGGAGAAGUGGUAUCGUUAAAUCUUCUCGUUUAGCUCCUCGGAAAUGUCCCCAAUAUGUAGGAACUGAAGAUGAUCCAGCAUGCAUUAUUUGCCAGCAAUAUCUCUAUCUCUCUGCAGUUGUAUGCAGUUGCAGGCCAUCAUCUUUUGUGUGUCUGGAGCACUGGGAACACCUUUGUGAGUGCAAAACUGCUAAACUUCGUCUUCUCUACCGUCAUUCUCUUGGUGAAUUGUAUGACUUGGCAUUUUCUAUUGACAAAUAUACUUCUGAAGAAAAAGCUGAGAGUAGAAAUGUAAAAAGGCAGUCUUCAUGUCUGAGUGCUUUGACAAAAAAGGUGAAUGGUAGCUCCAUUACUUUCACCCAACUUGCUACAGAAUGGCUUCUGCAAUCUAGUACUAUUCUUCAGAAUGUUUUUGUGACUGAUGCAUCUAUUACCGCACUAAGGAAAGCUGAACAGUUUCUUUGGGCUGGUUCCGAGAUGGAUUCUGUUCGGGAUAUGGUAAAGAGUUUGACUGAAGCUCAGAAAUGGGCAGAAGGGAUAAAAGAUUGUGUGACAAAAAUUGAGUUGUGGUUGAGUCAUCGGGACUCAAGUUUAAAGAAAGUUAAUUUAGAAUACGUUGAAGAGUUUCUGAGAUUUAACCCUGUACCAUGCAAUGAGCCCCAUUAUCAUAAACUGAAGGAAUAUGCUGAAGAAGCAAGAUCGUUACUUCAGGAGAUUGAGACUGCUUUGUCAAUGUGCUCCAACAUAUCUGAGUUGGAACUUCUAUACUCUAGAGCUCGUGGCUUACCCAUCUACGUGAAAGAGACUAAAAAAUUAAAAGGGAAAAUUUCAUCAACCAAGACAUGGAUGGAUAGUGUCAGAAAUUGCAUCUCAGCUAGAGAUCCUGCUGAAUUAGACGUUGAUGUUCUCUACAAGUUAAAAUCAGAGAUUGCAGAUCUUCAAGUUCAACUCCCAGAGAUAGAUGCCCUUCAGAAUCUAUUAAAUCAGGCAGAAUCUUGUAGUUCCCAAUGUCGUUGCAUGUUAGAAGGUCCUAUGAAUCUCAAGAAUGUUGGUUUGCUUCUUAAGGAAUGGGACAGUUUUACAGUUGAUGUACCACAGUUGAGGCUACUAAGGAAUUACCAUUCAGAUGCUGUGUUAUGGGUUUCUCACUUUAAUGAUGUUUUAGGGAGAGUUCACAGACAGGAAGAUCAGCAUAAUCCAGUUGAUGAAUUGAAGAGCAUUCUUGAAGAAGGUUUAUCUUUGAAAAUUCAAGUUGACGAGUUGCCUAUAGUUAAGAUUGAGCUGAAGAAGGCUAGUUGCCGACAGAAAGCUUUGAAGGCACAUGAUUCUAAGAUGCCCCUCGAAUCCAUUCAGCAACUGCUAAAGGAGGCCGCCAUGCUAGAAAUUGAGGGAGAGAAACAAUUCAUCAGUCUGUCUUGUGUGCUUGGUGUCGCCAUGCGUUGGGAGGAAAGGGCUGGAGCGAUUCUUUCAGCUGAGGCUUCUAUUUCUGACUUUGAGGACAUGAUAAGAGCUUCAGAAAAUAUAUUUGUAAUUCUUGCUUCACUUGAUGAUGUUAACAAAGCGUUAUUAGAAGCUAAUUCCUGGUUAAGGAAUUCAAAGCCAUAUUUAGCCUCUUCUAAUUGUGUGUCAAACUCUGUGCGGAAAGUUGAGGACUUGCAGUUGUUGGUUUCUCAAUCAAAGCAUCUUAAAGUAUCUUUGGAAGAAAGAAGGACACUUGAAUUAGUUUUGAAUGACUGCAAAAAAUGGGAGUGUGAAGCACGUUCUUUACUUGAUGAUGGGCGGUGCUUAUUUGAAUUGGAUACCACUGUUCAUGGGAUAAGCAGUGGUUUAUUGUUUAAAGUGGAAGAUUUGAUUGCAAGAAUCCAGUCCGCCAUAACAUCUGGUGUAUCUCUUGGUUUUGACUUCAAUGACAUUUCAAAACUUCAAGCAUCUUGUUCUACACUGGAGUGGUGCAAAAGAGCCCUAUGUUUCUGCAAUCAUUCUCCUUGUUUAGAGGAUGUUUUGGAAGUUGUGAAAGGCCUAUCUCAUUCCUCUGUUUCUGGUGCUCUAUUGAAAGUACUGGUUGAUGGGGUUGAAUGGCUUAGGAGAGCGUUAGAGGGGAUUUCUAGACCUUGCAGUUCUAGAAGAUUUAAACUGACUGAUAUUGAAGAUAUUCUUACUGAUUAUCAGGCACGCUUUUGUGCUACUAAAAUGACCUUUACGGAAGUAAAUUGUCAACUUGAGGAAGCCAUUGGAAAACAUAGGUCGUGGCAAGAGCAAGUGCGGCAAUUUUUUAACCUAAGUUCUAGGGAUCGAACUUGGUCAUCAUUAUUGCAGCUCAAGGAGCGUGGAGACACCAUUGCCUUUAGUUGCUCAGAACUUGAAUUAAUAUUAUCUGAAGUUGAAAAGGUGGAAAAUUGGAUGAAAAAAUGCAUGGAUAAUAUUGGAGCUUUAUUCCAAAAAGAAAAUUCGCUGCUUCAUGCACUGCAGAAGGUAAAACAGAAUCUAGAUAGAUCACUGUACAUAUACGGAAAGUUGCAAAAUCAGAAGGAACCGAACCUAUGUAACUGCUGCUUUGUUGACUCUGAUGACCAGAAAUUUCUUACUUGUUCUACUUGUAUGGACUGCUAUCACUUGCGGUGCAUUGGACUAACAUCAAAAGACGCUGGCCUCAGAAAUUAUAAGUGCUCUUACUGUGAAAUUUUGAAGGCGAAAUCUCAAUAUUCAAAUGGAAGUUCCCUCCUGAGGUUUGAGAAGCAUAUUGAAUUGAACAUUCUUGUCAAACUUCUUUCUGAUGCUGAACAUUUCUGUCUGUGGAUUGACGAAAAAUAUCUUCUGAACCAACUUAUUGAGAAGGCCUUUGCAUGCAAAUCUGGAUUGAGAGAAAUAGUGAACCUUUCUUCAGCUUAUGUCAACGAAGAUAUUACCAUCAUCUCUGAAAAAUUGACCAUUGCUAUAAAGGCUAGCAAAGUGGCUGGUGUCUAUGAUCAAGGUGAUAAAUGUGACCUUGAGCUGGCAUUAGCAAAAUACUUGUGGAAAAUUCAAGUCAAUAUAUUAUUAAGUGGUGUACAAAAGCCCAGUAUUGAACAGAUUCAGAAACAUCUGAAAGAGGGUAUGUCUAUGGAAAUAUCACCCAAAGAUCACUACAUGCUGAAACUUACAAAUAUGAAUUGCUUGGUCAUGCACUGGGUAGAAAUAGCCAAAAAGGCAUCAAAUGAUUCAGGAGCACAUAGCCUAGAUAAAGUAUAUGAACUUUUAGCGGAAGGUGAAAACUUGCCUGUUGAUGUAAAUGAGGAACUCAGGAUGUUAAGAGCUCGAUGCAUGCUUUACUGCAUUUGUCGAACGCCCUUUGAUCCCGGAAGGAUGAUUGCGUGUUAUCAAUGUAGUGAGUGGUAUCACUUUGAUUGUAUGAAAUUAUCAUGCACGCAAGAUAUGUACAUUUGCCCUGCGUGUAUCCCGUGUACAACAUUGCCUACUAACCAUGACAGAUUAACUAGUGGGAAACUUGAGGAGCCUAAAACCCCUUCUCCCAGGCAUACAAACCCUAGAAAGAAACAGAAGAGGGAUGUGCCGAGUCACACUUGCAUCAUGUUUGCAUCUAGGAAUGAAGAUGGUAGUAAUUUUAGGUAUCCCAAUGGGAUAGAAUGUCUAAGGUGGAGAAAUCGAAAGCCGUUUAGAAGAGCAACUAGGAGACGUGUUGAACUGCAAAGUCUUUCUCCAUUUCUAUAUGCAUAAAAAGAUAAUGCAUAGUAGGUAGUCAUUGGUCAUUACAUUGAUUCAAUUGAUUAUUAUUUUGUUGUCUCGGUCAUUCUUAAUGGGAAAUUUUCAUCUUUCAUCCUUGUCAUUGUAAGCCAUCUAUUUGCACGUCACACCAUCUGAAAUAAUUAGGAUGAAGAUGGAGUCAAUUUAGGUAGUCAACUCUAACUUUAUAAAGGUGACAGAAGUAGGAAGGAUUUUGGUAUAUUUAGUUGGAUAAAAUAGUGUUAAGAAUCAUUCAUUCAAAUUAAGAGUUUUAAGCAUGUACA